AUGCUGCUCCCGCUCGCCGCGCUGCUGGCCGCCGCCUGCCCGCUGCCGCCGGCCCGCGGCGGGGCCGCGGAUGCGCCGGGCCUCGGCGGGGCGCCCCUCAACGCCUCCGUCAACGCGUCGUCCGAGGGCGAGCCCGCCGCCCCGCGGCUGCUGGCCUCGGCGGCUCCCGGGACCCCCGAGCGCCCGGGCCCGGAGGAGGCGGCGGCGGCGUGCAACAUCAGCGUGCAGCGGCAGAUGCUGAGCUCGCUGCUCGUGCGCUGGGGCCGCCCGCGGGGCUUCCAGUGCGACCUGCUGCUCUUCUCCACCAACGCGCACGGCCGCGCCUUCUUCGCCGCCGCCUUCCACCGCGUCGGGCCGCCGCUGCUCAUCGAGCACCUGGGGCUGGCGGCCGGCGGCGCGCAGCAGGACCUGCGCCUCUGCGUGGGCUGCGGCUGGGUGCGCGGCCGCCGCCCCGGCCGCCUCCGGCCCGCCGCCGCCGCCUCCGGGGCGCCCACCGCGCUGCCCGCCUACCCGGCAGCCGAGCCCCCCGGGCCACUGUGGCUGCAGGGCGAGCCGCUGCACUUCUGCUGCCUGGACUUCAGCCUGGAGGAGCUGCAGGGCGAGCCGGGCUGGCGGCUGAACCGCAAGCCCAUCGAGUCCACGCUGGUCGCCUGCUUCAUGACCCUGGUCAUCGUCGUGUGGAGCGUGGCCGCCCUCAUCUGGCCGGUGCCCAUCAUCGCCGGCUUCCUGCCCAACGGCAUGGAGCAGCGCCGGACCACCACUCGGCCGGUGUGCUUCGUGCUGUGGUGA